UCCUCGUAGGCGCUGUUGACCACGAAUGCUGAGCCAUCAUCGUUGCCGCCCCAAGUUGACAUACGCGGGGCAAGGGUUAGCUUCCGGAAUGCCUCGGAGCCUAAAGCUAUAUACGUUUGCAUGUAUCUGCUGUGCUUCGCGAGAUUGCAGUGCGAAGCACGGGUGACGCGAGCGUUUCGCGACGUAAGCUUCCACGUCGACGUCCUGAGGAAAGAGCGAGGGUGUGCGGACACGUGGACACGAUUCUCGUGUGCGUGCUUGGAUAGAGGGGAGACGCCAUAAAAAGGUUACAUCGCUUUGUUGGAAGCCCACCACUACCUAGGCGUCCGUCUGGUACACACGUAGUCAAGCCACGCAGGAUACGUGCAACAGGACAGCGCACUUCCGUUUGCCAAGUGGAUCAAGCAGGAAACAAAGCUCCGGGAACCAACCAUGACCUCAGCCAUGCUCGUCGUGUGCACCUUGCUCUUCCUCGCUUCCAGAAGCGAUGCCGCAGAUGGCAAUGCCGGAAAUGACAAUACGCAAUGCAACGACAACGACGUCCUCCUGGCGGACAGCAACUGCAUGGUGAUAUGCAACGGAAGUGUGUCUGCGAACAACCACAAAGCCGCAGAUGGAACGAAGUGCCGGAUUUCUGAAAAAGAGAAUAGUGCGCCGCCCACGGAGCUAUCCAAAGUGGCAUCUUACGGGACCUGCCGGAACAACAGUUGUACGCAGCUUGGUGCCAACGGAACCUCAAAUUCGAGCAACAAAACGGGCCCCAAGGUCAAUGCCACGGCCAGUGCAGGAAACGCAUCCUCUGUUACCCCCGGAAGCUCAAAUCUGACUGAAGAAAAGGUCUCCAGUGCCAACUCGGCGACCACUUCUAAUAAAAACGAGUCAACUGCAGCUGCCACCGAGGUCACCGGGACGGCCACGAGCGCCGGCAAUGCCACGGCGACACCGUCGACCACCGCUGCCCCAAAUAGUACGGGGGGCGCACCAGACGCUAACGCCACCACCCCGGCCGCCAACGGCUCGAGCCGACUCGUCAGCGCCGCCAGCAGCGACGUGCUGGGCGUCGCACUCGCCGUCGGCGCGCUCCUCUUGCGCGCCCCGUAGAAACCAAGCGCGCACGUGGUGCCCUCAGCGACGCGAUGUCGUGUGUGUGCGACGGCGCACUUGAAAUCAGCGCUAUACAGGAGUCCACGCAUGAACUUUUUUUUUAUUCAUUAGCAUCCCAGGAGUGUCAAAGUGAAAAAAAGUGAGCGUGUGUAUGAAGUGUGGGAAGCUGGUCAAGUGGUGGAGGUAAAGAGGGGAUGGGAGAGCUUAUAAGUGUAUUUUGACUUACUUCGCUCCUCGAAGGGGCAGUACGAGUAUCGUGAGCGCCUAAACAACUCUUUGCAAUGUGUGGUGAACGCGAUGCAAUUCAUGUAUCCGGGACCUCAAAGAGGUGCGACGUAAUGCUAAAGCACUUCUCUCGCGUUUACCGCUAAAUCGAGAGACUUUUUUUGUUGUCACGCAACCCUGAAAUUCCGCACCACUGCCCCGCCUCCCCCGCUCUCCUUCCGACUCUCUUUGCUUUGAAUGUUAUGCGAUAACCACGCCACCUAACGCGUACAGCGUGAAAUCAUUGCGGAUAUUUAAAUUUGCGUAAAUUCGCCACGACACGUGACCGCGGCCGCUGUGCAAUAAAUGUGUCCAAAAUGCGUCUACGACAGCGUAUUUUUAUUCCGUGCCCGAGUGUCACGCUGUUCUCGCGCGCCGCCAUCAAACUGGUCCGGCGCCCAUUAUUCGACGUUAGUGAUACAAAUGUCGGGCUAAGCGUGAUCUUGAUAGGCGAUGAAAAAAAAAAAAGCCGCAUGCUCUGAGUUUGUAUUGUGAGAGCACCCAGGCCUCCAAAUUUGUUCUCACUUCUGUAAAAAAUGAGAAGCAAAGGAAUGUUGACAACAAAUUGAUCCGAGUAGCGACCAGAGCACUGACCGGGUGAAAUCAGCCUCCAGAAAACAAUAGCGUCCGCCACCUUCAGUUCAGGCUUUGGAAGCGUGGAGUAUCAGAAAGGCUGGCUCUGACCAAGCCACUUGUUUUCUACGCACCCCCUUCAGAAUCUCGGGCAAUGAGAAUUGCCUAAGCGUUUAAAGUCGGCUAAGCACUGAAUGGCUUCAGUACUAUAUAGCGGAGAUGGGGAAAGAAGCGUGCGCGGAAACGCCUUCGUCAGCAUUAUCCUCAUGCCGUCGAGCAGUUAUCGGGUGAACUUGCAGUUUUCACAGGGACAGGAACCUCACGACGUACGCGAUCGAUUUUUUGUGACAACAUUGAUGGCGUCGUGUAUACGCUAAGUCCCGCGAUUAUUGGUGCGAGUAUGGCUGAACUACCGACCGUGGUUGCUCAGUGGCUAUGGUGUUAGGCUGCUGAGCACGAGGUCGCGGGAUCGAAUCCCGGCCACGGCGGCCGCAUUUCGAUGGAGCGAAAUGCGAAAACACCCGUGUACUUAGAUUUAGGUGCACGUUAAAGAACCCCAGGUGGUCGAAAUUUCCAGAGUCCUCCACUACGGUGUGCCUCAUAAUCAAAAAGUGGUUUUGGCACGUAGAACCCCAUAAUUUAUAUUUAAUUAAUUUUUUAUGGCUGAACGUGCACAUUCGUGAAUUCGGCUUAUCUUCCUUGAAAAAAAACCUCCCUGGUCACUUGUGCAAAGUUAUCAAGGCAAGACAUUUAUAGAACGAGGCAUCUUUUAGCUUGAAGACUGACGUGACCAAGGCAACAAUGUCAUCAAAAGGUGACAAACCGUUGCGUCACGAUUUAUGUUGUUCGUCCCCCACUAUUGGUAGGAUCAGCGUAUAGCAGUUUGCAGAAACAUCCUCUUGUCGAGAAGUCAUCGAAAACAAAGAAUAUUCAUUGUUGUUGCUUGUUCUUUUCUCUUACAAUGUACCAGUCUCACCAGCUUUCAAGUAUACAUUUUUCCAUCGCCUGCUAUUUCUGUGAAGAACGGCGUCAUUCGCGUUAGUGAUCGUCAACUGGACAUGCUUAGUGCUGCACCCAUCGGCACAGAGCUUCUCGCCGACGUUUUGUGAAGCGCGCGUCCAGUCGGAGAAACUUGUUUCGUUCUUGCCGGUUGUAAAUGAGCACGAUGUGUUGCAAUGUUUCCUUAUUUAUAUGCUACCUGUGCCAUGUGCCUGUCAAUAAAGUGUGAGCAAAACUUUU